GCAGGGGGUGGGGGGGUGGGGGCGGUGAGAGGAGGAAGGAGAGAAAGAGGAGAAGGAGGGGCAGGACCAGCAGCCUCCGGGGCUGGCGGCCCAUCGUUCUUGUCACAGCUGGGAGGGGAGGGAUGGAGAGUAGGAGGGGGGGUGGAGAGGGAGGAGGUAAUCCAAUGAGACACAGAGAGGAGAGGCAGUGCGAGGGCAACGCCUCACAGCACCGGGAAUCUCUCUCUAUCUCCAUCUCUCUCUCUCUUUCCCCCUUUUCCUCUGUCUCUGAAGCGUAAAAACCAAAAUCCCAUUCAGUCUCCUCUCUAUGUGGCGGAGGGCUUACUUUCAUAUUUUGUAAGCCUCUCUUUCCCCCACAGUUCAACAUUCUCCUUCAUUUCUUUCAAUUUUUUCUUCCCCACCUGCUAAAGGAUGAAUUGAUGACCACAAACCCGGAUAAUUUCUUUGUGUCAGCAUCUUUUACUGGAAGUCAUCUUUGUUCUUGUGCUCACAGCUGCUGAGUGUACAGUGGCUGCUAGUGGGGAAAUAGGUUAGUGUGCCUGAUCGGUGCCGGGCGGCAGAGGUGAUUGAAUGUGCUGUACACGGAGGAGACGGAUGAGAGGGGGAUGCUUUCCUGGCGGUAGCGCUCUGUAGCCCUGCGACCACUUGGGGAGAAGGUGUCCGGGGAUGCUGCCGUUGAACUCUGACCUUUAGCGAAAUUGUCAGCGACGAAAUUCAGGCCAGGCAAAAGAAAAAAGCAACAAAUACAGACUUUUGUUUUCUCUACUUUUGUUGUCGCGAAGGGCUGACCUGUGUGUCGGCUGUGUGUGGACAUCAUGGACAUCAACCUUCAGUCGCACCGGUUUUACUUCCCCCAGAUCUACUGUGCUGAACCGGGGGCACAGCCGCCUCAGCUCACUGAGUUCAAAGUCAGUGAGCAGAGUAUCUGCCAGGCGCGGGCCUCGGUCAUGGUCUACGAUGACACCAGCAAGAAGUGGGUGCCCAUCAAGCCUGGACAGCAGGGAUUCAGCCGCAUCAACAUCUACCACAACACUGCCAACAACACCUUCAGAGUGGUGGGCGUCAAACUGCAGGACCAGCAGGUGGUUAUCAACUACUCCAUAGUGAAGGGCCUCAAGUACAACCAGGCAACCCCGACCUUCCACCAGUGGCGGGACGCCAGGCAGGUCUAUGGCCUCAAUUUCGCCAGCAAGGAAGAGGCCACCACCUUCUCUAACGCCAUGCUCUUCGCUCUCAACGUUCUCAGCGCUCAGGAUGGAGGUCCAGCUGUCCAGCGGCAACUCCAGAAUGGACCAACCUCAGAUGAGAUAGAAGCUCAGAGAGCGAGGCAGAUGAUAGAGCAGCAGCAACAAUUGCAGGCACACUUGGAGCGGGAGCGACGAACGUCCAACUCAGGUUCUCCUUUCCAAGGCCACCCUGCUGUGCUAUCUGUGGCCCCGCCAGUAAUACCUCCUCCAAUGAACAUGGGUGGCCCUCCUCCCCCUCCACCACCGCCGGGACCUCCUCCACCUUCAGCAGGGGCACCCCCGCCUCCUCUCCCACCUCCACUUCCCAUGUGCGGUGGGAACGGGGAUGAGUCCCCCGCCCAGACAGGUCUCGCCGCUAUGAUCGCCGGAGCCAAAUUGCGCCGCGUUCAAAGACCCCAAGACGAAAACUCUUCAGGCGCCAAAAACGAUGCCAACCGAACAAGCGGAGGAAGUGGAGGAAGCGGAGGAAGCGGAGGACUGAUGGAGGAGAUGAACGCUCUGUUGGCGCGAAGAAGGAAAGCAGCCUCAGAGCGGCCUGAGGACAGCCAAAACGAUGACCAAAAUUCACCCAACACCCGGAGUGGACAGAAUGCCACAGAUGGUGCAAAGAAGCCUUGGGACCGAGCUAACUCCGCAGACAGGUCGAUGGUUUCAAGGGUACGGCCCGUCGGGGGUGGCAGUGACACAGACUCGUUAGACCUUGAUAAAAUGAAACAGGAAAUCUUGGAAGAGGUGUUUCGUGAAUUGCACAAAGUGAAGGAUGAAAUCAUCGAUGCCAUUAGACAUGAACUCAGUCGAAUUAGCACGACAUAAUGUUUCAGAGCCACUCCCCCGACAUGAACCACCUUUUUGAACCAUUGCCCCUGCAGCAGCUGCUGUGGCCCUGAGGAGGAAAAGUCAGGAACGUGAGGCCCAAACUGUGACAUCUACUCAUCCGGUUCAGCUGUGGUGUUAGAGCUGUAACACCUCAGACAUGUCUGUGUAACAUUUGGUUUGUUUGCUUGGACGUGAAAGGGGCACACUCGCGUACUGCUUCCUCGGAUUUCCUCACAUUUUCUGUGUGUUUGUUAGCCCAGUUUGCCCCUCUGUCCUCGGCCUGAAGGAAAACGCAUAAAAUUCUUAUCAUUUUCACAAGUUUGUUUUAAACUUUUAAUUAUUAUUACUAUCAUUUUCAUUAUUAUUACUAUCAUUUUUAUGAUUGUCAAUGUAAUGUUGAUAUGAAUAGUAGUAGCGUAGUAAGUACAAUGAUAAUAAUGAGGAAAUGAUCAUGAGUAUUUGAUAGUAAUGAUAAUGUUGAGAAUUAUAAUUGCACAUCAUUUUAUGUCAACCUUUUGUAUUUUUUAUUAUUUGUUUUCGUUUGUUUUUGUUUUAGAUACAGUUGCAAGCACAUCCAAAAAAAUAUUCUCAUCAUCUAUCCCAGAACAUUUUUUUAAAGGUUUUUUAUCCUUUUCGCCAACACAGCUACGUGUGGAACCACGGCCGAAAAAUACAGGCUUUGACCUGAAACCGAGGGUGGAAUAAACUUCUUUGGAUAUUGCAAUCUUAUAAACAAAAAAAACUUAAUAAAUAAUACACCAGAGUAUUUGUGAACAUGUUGUUAAUAAAAUGUUUAUUGGCUGCAAGAAUAUCGUGAAGUAUUGUUCAUUUUAUUCUCUCCUUUUAUGACAAAGUGCUUCCUGGUUUGACAACGGAAAAAAAGAACCGCACUAAGUUUAAAAUGAAUUCAAAUAAAACUGUGAACAAUG